CCGCUUUUCCAAACUUGAAUUGCGCUCGGUCUGGAACAUACACUCACAGGGUUCCACUCUUUUCACGUCUACACACGACACUCAACUCGCCACGUUUGCAAUCGAAUCAAAAUAGUUCAGCUCUACUCGGUUCAAUCUCAAACCUCCAUCCACCAUGUUCCGCACCUCAAUAACACACCACAUCACCCGUCCGCGCGCCUCCCUCCGUCCCGUCCGACCCCUAACAACCACACCCACCCUCCGCGCACGCAAAGGCGCCGAAGACAAGGAUUCACUCCAACCCCGGCGCUCCGAAUACAGCAUGACCGGCACCGACGAUGCCGCGGCGGACAACCCGGACGCAGCAUUCAACCCAAACAAGACGAGGCCGGAGGAGGAGGUAGCGACGGCUGGGAAGAAUAAGAAGGAUAAUCCGCAUGGGGGUAAUCCGUUGGAUGUGAGUCCGGGAAAUGAGGAGGUUAGUAGACCUGAGCCGGAGGAAGGGAGGGAGAGUAAGGGGGUGGAGAGGGGGCCGAGUACUGGUGGGAGUGCGCCGAAGGCGGGAGGUGGGUGGACUGGGUAGUUGGAAGGGGAGUAUAUGGCUGAGAGAUUGUAAAGAGAUUUGGAGGUGGGGGAUCAUGGGGCUGAGCUGGUAUGGAUUCGUUAAGGCAUUUGAACGACGAGACGAUUGCAGAGCAGCGGAGCGGUGGUUCCUCAUUGCAUGAAUGGCAUCUGUGUAUAGCAAUUCUCGGAGACAAUCAAUGAUGCAUGCUUUGAAACCCAUGG